CGCGAUGGCUGGAAGAAGUGCCCGCCAGCCAUGUCGGAGCUGGCUGGCGAUGGCGGCCGUCGUUGCUGGGCUGUGUGUCUGUUGUCUUAUUGUCACCCCUGUGGAUGGUAAGAGGGGUCUUGCUGGCUACCAGGGUGGAAAUAACACACCAUCUGGUGAGGGUGAGUGGUCUAGGGGGGUUACGGCUGCUCCCCCCUUCCUGCGCCUGAAUAGCCUGGGGGGUCACCGUGAUGGUCACGGUGAAACCGGGGACUCUGAGGAGAGGCUGGAAGACGUGAUCAUAGUUGAAGCUGUGGAUUUCGCCCCGGAUGGGGAGAGGGGAGGUGGAGGAGGAGAUGUCAGAGAUGGUAGUGUGUCCGAGAAGACCAGAUUCGAGGGAUUUCAGGCGUUCGUGGGAAACCCGCGGGUCGUCGUUGACUCGGAGGCGGGGUCCGUGACCACGUGGAGGUUGAGUGUGAACACUCACCGGCAUAGAGAGAUCGGGAUCGGGAUCCUCAGAAUCAACUCGAAUGCGAUGAGCUUGCCCAUGUACUGCAACUACGACAUGGUCUUCUUCGUCCUUCAAGGACGUGGGCGCAUGGAGUUUCAUCUUGAAGGCAAGCACUACGUGAAGACACUGUCGGGAUCCGACGUGUACGGCGUGCCGUCGGGACACAUGGUCUUCUUCGUCAAUCCCGAGGGCGAGGAGGUGAUGGAGCUGUUCGGCUUGUCCAGCGUGGCAGAGGGUGCUGAAGGCGCGCGGGCCAAGCGCUUUUCUAUUGGGGGUGGAGAAGUGCCUACCUCCAUUUUGGGAGGAUUUGAUAAGAAGAUACUGGAGGCGGCGCUGCACGUGAAGCGGGACGAGCUGGAAAGCCUGUUGACGUCUCAUUCUUUCGGGGACAUAGUCUAUCUGAACGACCGACGGGCUCCUAAGCUAAGUACUUCUUCCGAGAGCACGGUAGAGGAGGGAGAGGUUAUGGAGGGGGAGGUUAUGGAGGAGGAGGAGGAGGAGGAGGAGGAGGAAGAGGAGGGACUGCCCCCGUCUGCCAACAAGUGGUGGGUGGAGAGUCCGUACAACGUAGAGAAGAGCAGAGCUGACUUUUCCAGCCACAAGGGAUGGUCCACGGUCGUCGAUGAGAAGAAGCUGGCCUUCCUGAAGCACGUUGACAUGGGGGUCUUUCGAGUGAAACUGUCCAAGGGGUGUAUGCUGCUGCCGCACUGGAAUCCUGAUGCGAUUGAGGUGGGCAUGGUCACGGCAGGCCGCGGAUUGGUACAAGUGGUUUCUCCCAACGGAACGUCGGCGAUCAGGGAGGAGGUUCAGAAGGGGGACCUGUUUGUGGUCCCGCGGUUCUAUCCUGUGGUACACGUGGCGUUAGGGGAUGACCCGUUUGAGUUUGUGGGGGUCGCUACGACUUCGAAGCCAGCGCGCCCUUACUUCCUUGCAGGUGGAACGUCCGUGCUGCACGAUGUGGAUUCCGCGUUGUUGGGCACUGCGUUUGACAUUUCUGAAGAGAAGGCGAAGAGGCUGCUGCAGAAAUCGCAGACUGGCACGGUCAUGGCAGGCUCAGAAUCGACUCACUCGAGGGACGACCUCUGAAAUUUUAGCGUUAAAAAAAAAAAAAAAAAAAAAAAAAGACUGACACAGUCAGAGCAGGCUCAGAAUCGACUCACUCGAGGGACGACCUCUGAAAUUUUAGCGUUAAAAAAAAAAAAAAAAAAAAAAAAAAAGACUGACCCAGUCAUGGCAGGCUCCGAAUCGACUCACUCGAGGGACGACCUCUGAAAUUUUAGCGUUAAAAAUAUAUUAAAAAAAUAAAAUUUUGCGUUAACC